UCGUAUAGACCAAGUUCGGCGCAAGUUUCGCUGCGCGGCGACGGAUGCGCGCUAGAGGCCCGUCGCGCGACACGCUAGCGACAAUUCUAGCGACACUUUUUACACACAGGACAGAGUGCGCCGCCUCAGGGUAACCCCGUCGUCGGCGUCGAGGAGGCCACACGGUAACGCGAGGGUUUCGGGCCUUUCGGCUAGGAUCACCGGAGCAACUUGUCCUUCAUUGAGCUGCAAUCAUGGAAUCUGGAAGUAACGUGCCCAAUCCGGGCACCUAUCCCGGAGAUCGGCAACAGUUCUGCGUCUCUUGGAAUUCCCAUCAGUCGAACAUGCACAGCGCGUUUCCAAAGUUACUCAGCUCGGAGCAGUUUGUCGAUGUGACUCUGGCCUGUGACGGAGGCUCGAUAAAGUGUCACAAGGUUGUGUUGUCCGCAUGCAGUGACUACUUGGAGCGUCUUCUGUUGGAAAUUCCGUGCACGCACCCCGUCAUCUUUCUAAGAGACAUGAAAAUGUGGGAGCUACAAGCUUUGGUCGAAUUCAUGUAUCGCGGCGAGGUCUACGUCGAGCAGCAGCAACUCGCUACGUUGAUGCAGGCAGCGGAAGUUUUGCAGGUUCGUGGCUUAUCCACUCAGGGAUGCGAUAACUCGUUGAAUGAGAGCAAUACACAAUCGUGCGAUUCUAAUGCACCUGUCACUCCGUCGACUCCUACUCACGAUACCAACUACAAGGUGGAGACUUCAUCUAACGAUGGAAGUACCUCCGAUUUCCUCCCAUGUACGGCUAUAGCUAGCACAACAGGAAACAACUCGACCUCUAUCACUCCACCUGUCUCGCAGACCCCCAAUUCCUCCAAUUUCGUAAACAUGGAGCACAGCGAAGCGCUGCAACAUUUGGAGAAAGCUCUCAGCGCUUGCGAGGCGACUCUUACCGAGACAACGGGUAUGGUGAAGAUGGAGCCGGAUGAGCAGUUCGUACAACAGCAGGACGUCAAGCCGUAUUCCAUUAGUAUGGUCUCCAGUAACAAUUGCAAUCCUAGCAGCCCAUUUCCUGCGAUCGAAGGGUAUCAAAGACGACAAAGGCGUUCGGAAGAGGAACUCAAGCAAGCUUCGGACAUGGUGGCACGCGGCAUGACGUUUCAAGUAGCCUCGGAAAAGUACAAGAUACCGAUCAGCACAAUCCGCUUUUAUAUGGUCAGAAAGGGUAUUCUGCAGAGGCGAAAACGCGGCCGCGGCUCCAGUAAUCUUGGUAUGAACAGCCAACCGAGUAGUCCGGCCAGUCCACCGUAUCAUAUGAUGAAUUACCGUUUGCCGGAGAGCCUAAAUUCCAGCCUACCGUAGUGCUGUACAAAGAAGUAGUGAGUUUUUUUUUUUAAGAAUUCAGUUUUGAAUCGGACAAAAACUUUUUAUCGCCGCAUCAUCAGAGCUGUUCCAGACCGUCUCGUCGGUUUUUAUACUUUGACUCCUUUACACUGAGUUCGUAUUUUAUUUUUCCUCCUUUUUUUUUAAUUUUAUUUCCAGCUCAUACAUCGUGCAUUUUCAUUCGUAUAUCGCAGCGGCGCGUUGGCGUGCCGGUUUACAAGACUACUAUGUUUACAACAUGUAACGUAUUUCUGCAUUUAUGCCAUUUAUUGACCCGAGUGCGCGUUCUGGAGAUAUCGUUUGUGUCUCGAACAGCUCCGCUCCAUGUACAUACAGAAAGAAAAAGGAUACCAUAUGUAACAGUUCGAACACAGCAUUAAGUUAAGAAAGAACUUGCAAUCUAUCGUGCUCGUGUUUUACAUCAUAUUUAUGUUGGAUUCCGUGUCCUUAGGAAGACUGCCUGAGAAACCCAGUUUUUUUUUUUUUUGUUGUUUUAAGUACAAAGAUACCGAUUAUUGUACUGUAGAGUAUAUACUGGUGUAUCGUAGUAGAUAUGUAUUAUAAAAGCUAGCGCAGCGGACUAUACACUAUACGUGAUUCACAAUACGUGAUUCGCGAUUCGCGACCGUUCGUUCACUAGUGAAUCUCGUGAUUUGCGAACGGAAAUAGAUUCGUUUUGCCGAUAGAGUGAAUAGUUUUCUACGAAAUCAAAAGAUGCAAAUCGUUGUUUAUCAAUUAUUCGUGCUCGUUUGUGCAAUACAGUGCAAACGAUGAAUCACGAAUCGCGAACAGGCACACGAAUCAAGGGGCGGGAUGUUUCUCAAUCCUGCCAUUCGGCAUACGUUAUUUUUUGAAUUUUGAAAGUUGGACGUGUUCCCCUCGUUACGAAUCGAACACAAAGAGAUUCACUUUGACAUUUGUGUCUCGAAAAUGUGAGGCAGAAAGCAAUCGUACUCUUACAGCGUUUUCGGACCGAACGGAUUUGAUCACUCCGAGAGCGAUUAAUAACGUCACAUGCUCUCCUCGUCCAUUGAGAAAUCUAAAAUAGAGAGCAUGUAACGUCAUUAAUCGCUCUCGAAGCGAUCAAACGUGCUCCGUCCGAAAGCAUUAUUAUACUCUUAACAUCCUCGAUGUCUUUGUUAUCUGCGACAAUCAAUAUACUUUCAAUAUCCUUGGUUUACUUAGUUGUCUGAAAGGCAGUCUGUUUUUGCAUUUUUCAAAGUGGUUAUUUUUUUAUAUAAUCGAUUUUCACGAAUCUACUGCGAAUCGGGAAUUGUGAAUCAUGAAUUUAUGCUAAUGCCACCUAUAGUGUGGCGUUAGUUUUAAAGAGGCAGUCUAUUUUGAAAUUUUUCGAAAUUUUUUCUUGGACAAUACUAAAGAGACAAAGAACGAAGGUCUUUUACGAUUUUUAUACAAUAUACUAUUUUGUUUCAUCUGAAACAGAUGUUGAAUAUAUAAAAGAAACACUUGACGCUUUGUUUUUAGAAAUAGAAGGUGAAAAUCUUCCAAAUGACGAUGCUUUAAGGCUAAGUUUUUAAUUUUUAUUUAAGGUUAUGCGUGUAUAAAAUUUUUUGUAGACUUAAGGCUCCUGACUAGUCAUCGCGGCCAUGUUAGAACCGUGACAUUAUAAGCGAGAAAUUCCGCGUAAAAGUUUCUUGCGUGCCAUAAAGAGAAUUUGUGUGAAAUUGGAAAAAAAAUGGGAUCGCUUUGAGAAAAUUUGUAAAAGUGGGUGGAAUCUUUUUCCCCCUGACAGUCAGAGGAGAAAAGGCACGUAAAGUGAGGCCUAUUCAGGCAAAAAAAAAAAAAACUCAAGGAACUCUGGAAGAUAAAAGAAAGUGAAGAAUAUGUUUUUAUGUAUAAUAUGUAUAUGUAUAAUAUGUAAUUCACAAAUAACUUUGCUUUCUAUCCAUUUUUACGAAGUUGAUAAGUACGAGACAUUUUCACAAUUAAGCAAUGUAAUAACGAAAUGGCACGCAAGACAAGAUCUUGUUCGUUGUUCAACACUUUCACAGUAAGGUCCGUUCUCUUCACAAGUCAAGCAUAUUCUUUUAACAUUCGAUUGUGAUUAAUUCUUAUUGUUUACGAUACCGGCAUAGAAUUGCAGAAUUCUAUUGUGAAGAGUUUAUUGUCUCUCGAGGAUCAUUCACUUUCGAGAGACAAUAUACGCCUACAAGGUGUUAGCAAGAAAUGCAGUUGUAAAAGCCUGACCAGCUUUUCAACAGCUUUAAAUAAUAUAUUAUUAACGAAAAAAGCAUCAGGUGCUUUUUGUUAUUACGCGAUCGAUUAUAUUCGAUAAAUAGGACCCCCUCCCUUCUCUCUCUUUCUCUCUCUCUCUCUCUCUCUUUGUCUCUAGAAUUCUUAUGAUACUGACAAAUAUUGAAGAACGGGCCUUAGAGGACAAUGAACAAAUUGCGAUAUAGUAUAGCAACUCUAAGACGAUAAGUUCCAACAAAUUUGCGUGCUUAGAGAAGUGUGUCCAAUUUAGAUCAGGACGUCGCAACGAAAAAAGAAUAGUAUAAUUACCACCGCAGUAUAAUUUCCUAGUAUAUUCGACAUUAGAUAUCUUCCAUCCUUUCAGAGUAGCUUCAAGCAUAUCACGGUUAGGAUUGCGAUCUAGCAAUGUCUGAGACGGCACAGAUAUCUGAAAGAUAUCCCCGCAUUAUUAAAUCUCAAAUUUAAUAAUGCUCCAUUUACGAAACUUGCACGCGAAUGCAUUAAUCCUCGAAAAGUCGCUUCUCUCGAACGAGAAUUGAUUUCGAAAAAACUACCUAAAAUUGAUUCUACACCGUAUUAGGUGCGAAUUAAAGCUUCGGUGGAAACUAGACUCACUCACUUAGAUUAGAGAAUAUGUCCAAUUUCAGAUCAGGACAUCGCAAUCGAAAAAGGAAUAGUAUAAUUACCUCCUCCAGUAUAUUCGACAUUAGAUAUCUUCCAUCCUUCCACAGUUGCUUCAAGCACAUCACGGUUAGGAUUGCGAUUUAGCAAUUUCCGAGACGGCGAAAAGGUCUGAAAGAUAUCCGUAUUAUUUAAAUCUCAAAUUUAAUAAUGCGAAACUCCAUUUGCGAAACUUACGCGCAAAUGUAUUAAUCACGUCCUCGAAAAGUCGUUUCUCGAACGAGAUUUAAAAAAAACUACACGAAGUUGAUUCUAUUAGGUGCAAAUUAAUGCUUCGGUAGAAACUAGAUCACUCAUUUGCUUUAGUAUGGUAUCAAACAGACUAGAGUUUAUGAAUCUUCCAAAACUUGCAUGAUUUCACAAAUGAAAUUUGAUAUGUUAGAAAAUCUCGCGUUUAAAUUUAGAAGGAACAUUCAACAACCGUGCUUACACGUUUUUAUCUUGUUAUUAUCACCGCGUUAACGCGGAGUCCUUGGCUGAUUAUGAGUAGUCAGGAGCCUUAAACUUUCAUCAUAAUGAAGCUCGUCAAAGAAAGCUACUUCAUGUUUUCUUUACUGUACGCAGGAAUUGGAAAAAAAUUCUGUUAAGAAGGAAGCAGAAAUUUUUGACAAAACGUACUUUUUUGAGAACUUUGAAAUAAGCUGCCUUUUUAAUGUUUGUUCUCGUACGAAAAUACAACAUUAUAUUGCGAGAACUCCAUUCGUCAUCCAUCGUGAAUUAAUAUCGAAAAUAUUAAUUCUAUACUUAUAAGUGCUUGCGUUGUAUCGGCGUCAUACUUAUAAGGGAAAAUGACACUAAAGAUCAAAAACAUUAGAGCGAGCGUUGAACAAAUGUGUUUAAAAUCUUAUUAUUUUGAGACUUUUUUAUACGCAGGAUUUGUAUGUAAGCGCACUUAAUGAGACGUUCAUUGACGAGAAUACGAGUUGUAUAGGAUAUUCAUAUAACUAAGAUAAGAAUUCCUUCAUGCUGUGGACGAACGCUACGCGUAUGGUUGAUUAUCAGCCGUGUUCCGUUCUUCUACACUAGUGACACGAUGUAGUUGGAUAGUUUUGAAUCCUGCAUCAAUAUCGUUCGUAACAAGACGGAUUUACAAAGUACAGUUCAAAAAAAAAAGAAGAAAAGACAAAAAAAACAGAAAAAGAGAAAAAGAAGAUUGACUGUGUAUAACCGAUAUUUUUUUAAUGACCUCGAAAUGUUUUGACGGAAAGGCAUUCGUAGCAUAAGUUAUUUUUUAUUACACCAUAUUUAUAUAUGAUUCAGUGAAGCUCAGCUUGCUCUCGUUAAGUUAUCUGUGGCAUCUGUACACUUGUACGUAUUUACCGAGUAUUUAUCUUUCUGUAUUUUUAAAUAAGCCCCGCUCCCCCCACUCAUGGGGGAGAUAAAGAGAUUCUUAAUUACGACACGCUUUAUACCCUGCACCAGAGAGUGACGCUUAAAGAUCAAAAAUGUAUACAGUUGUAGAAAAGACAGUGUGGGACUUGUCCAUGAUGAUCGAUUAGUCACUAUGUUUAAGACUGGUAACACGUGGCUAAUAUAACCAGAUUAAAGUUUUAGACACAGC